AUGUCCCAUGCCCUUCUCCUACGACUGUUUUUAUCACCGUCCUUCUUCUCUGUUCAUGUGGCCUUACAAUAUUUGAUGCUGUAUGCCGACAAUAUAGGCAUCACAUACUACCUUACCCGAAGGUUGAAAGAACUUGACACUCAGGAAUUACGCGAAGUAUGGGGUUUCAUAUGUCAUUUGCUCGUCACCCGGCCUUCCAAAUCACGGGCACUGGAAUGCUUUGUAGUAGACAUCUCACAACGGUCCACGCAUAUAGCCAUGAUUACCCUUUGGCUUAUGCAAGCUUCUUUGCAAGAUCUAUCCUCAUCACGUAGUUCUCCGUCUUUUCAGGUAUGCCAGCGGACGUUACAAAGAUGUCAUGACAUCAUCUUUGGUGAUCUUCCAACUCCAGUCUCUGGUCCGUACUCUGGCUUGGACAUGCCGUUCCAGACGCGCUUCUCACGUCGGAAGGUUAAAACCCAUGUCGAACCGGUAUUCAUUGGACUUGGAUUGAUGUUAGCUGGAACUCCUGCCGUGCCUGAGCUUACUGAGGUCAUGGGUGAGGUUGCGUUGCAGCAGGGCCGUGCUGACGAGGACGGAUCAGACCUGAAAAGCGUCCAGACCGAUAACAAUGACGUUACUUCAGGAUCAGGGAAGACCACCCGCGAUGACUCUGGGGAUGAUGAUGACGGUGGUUCAGAUGGAAAAAAUGAAGAUGGCCGUACGGCUAGUUCUCAUGAACACUCUUCUAAUGAUAGUUGUGCCCUCCAUGAUCCUGCGGUUUCCAAGAAGAUUCUCAAACGUCGUCGGACGGUUGUUGCCGCGCAGACAAGUCCCGCUCUGGUUCAUUUGCAAAACAUGCAUCGGUCAACAUUAUCUGAGGAUCCACUCGAUCAGCUUGAUCCCUCACAACCAUCACGCAUUGCCAGCCCAUACCAAUCAUCUCCUUCGAUACCAACUACCCAGCAUCCUUUUCGGCAGAAUACACUGAACUUUGGCGAUUCCCUCCUUCAACGGUAUGAUUUGGAUUCACAAGCGCAUCUCCUCAAAAGUCACUAUUACCGUUCAGAAAUUCAAUUCUUAAUAACGCUCGAACAUAUCUCUAACCGCCUACUCGUCGUGCCAAAACCUGCGCGAGUAAGCGCCCUUAGAGCUGAAUUAACUGCUCUUAACCACAAGCUUCCUGCAGAGGUAUGCAUGCCUAUGUGGUGCUCUUCAUCCGAUAAGUCUGCAUAUCGGAAUGCCUCUCAACCGCACCACAAGAUAGUUCGAAUCCCCCCUGGCGAAAGCGUUGUGCUUAAUUCUGCGGAGCGAGCACCUUAUUUGCUCAUUAUCGAGAUACUGCACGAUGACCUCGACUUUGAUCCGACAAAGAGAAGCAAUAAGGAGACGCUGAAGCGGAUCGUAACAAAGGAGAACGAACGCAAAGGUGCUUCGAGAGAACUCAUUGCUUUCACCAGGUCACCUCUUCCUUCGAAACACAAGCCCCUUGGGGAUCUUGUUGUUGGCUCCGAAAACGCCUUGGGAAAGGAGUCCGCUGAGGAGGCAGAAGCUCCGCUGGUCCCUGUGGCUUCUGCUACCAGCAGUACAAGUUCUCUCAUUGGUGAUGAUGAAGAGAUGGACCUCGUUGAACAACUGUACGGAGCCGGCGAGUCUCUCCGCAGGCCAAUAGACCUUACCGAGUCCAUUGUACUUCCACCAGUGCUGAAGAACAAGGAAUUGGAUAUGGUCGCGUGGUCUCGAACCUCUUCCUUAUCUUCUUCGCCCAACCCAGAAGGGAUAUUAUCGCUGUCUUCUUCACCCGCCUUUCCACCCACUGGUGAUCGGUCUUUGACACUACCUUCAACCGCUCAGCUGCCAGAUCCACCACCUAAUAGUAACAGCAAUAGCCGUAUACUCUCGCUUGACGAUUACUCCGAACGCAUGCGUACGGCAGCUGUCAUGCUUUCGCAGCUCAAUGCGAACCUUAUUCGCGAAGCAGUAACCACAUUACCUUCUUCCGAUUCAACUGCGGCCCUUGUUAGUUUGAGUUCGCCGUCUGGUCCUCUGAGUUGGCUCCCUGGUUCUGGUUGGCUAAUCAGUCCGCAUCACCAGGCAAACAGCGGGCCACUACACCCCUCGCUCGCUGGAAGGGUUGGUGAUUCACCAGCGACCACACGGAUGCGUGUGCAGCAUGCAGAGGCAGCCGCCAUCAGAGACCGUAUAAUGAAGGAGAUGAUUGCGCUUGAGGAAGAGCGAAUGGAGCGUAUGCGAGAACACAGGGAAGGAGAAAGGAUAAUGCGCAUUGGUGAUGUGGGCGAUAACCUGAAGACUGCUGAGGACGAAACAAUCAUCAAACGUGAGCUGAACAAGGUCGAUCCUUCCGCCUUAAUAUUCAGCGAAUCUUGGGCGACAAAGAAGAGUCGAAUACAGCACGGAUCGCCGUAUGGUCAUCUAGCGAACUGGGAUUGUGUCUCUGUGAUUGUCAAAACUGGCGGCGACCUUCGCCAAGAACAGGUCGCCGUUCAGCUUAUACAACAGUUUGAGCAAAUUUGGCAAGAAGAGGACUGUCAAUGCUGGGUCCGCUACUUCCAGAUUCUAAUCACUGGCGCAUCGUCGGGCUUGGUAGAGACCAUAACAGAUGCCGUGUCAAUACACUCCAUCAAGAAGUCCGAAUAUGCAAGACGGUUGGCGGAAGGCCGUUUUGGAUAUGUCACUCUCUUAGAUCACUUCAAGUCGACUUACGGUGAUCCAUCUACGGCCAAGUUUGUCCGAGCGCAACGCAACUUUGCGAAGUCACUCGCAGGUUAUUCCAUCGUAACGUACCUGUUGCAAAUAAAGGAUCGGCACAAUGGGAACAUAUUGCUAGACCGAGAGGGGCACCUUAUUCAUAUAGAUUUUGGGUUCAUGUUGUCCAAUUCUCCGGGUAACAUAGGUUUUGAAGCUGCACCAUUCAAGCUACCACCGGAAUAUGUCGAAGUGCUGGGGGGUGUGGAUGGAGAGUCUUUUUUGGAGUUUAAGCGUCUGUUUCGUGAGGGGUUCGAGGCAGCGAGAAAACACUGCGAUCGAAUCAUAAUUCUGGUGGAACUGAUGCAAAAAGACUCCAAGCUGCCGUGCUUUGCUGCGUUCGGCGAACAGACUGCGGCUCAGCUGCGUGAUCGCUUUCAACCCGCUUUGACUCAUUCCCUUGUGGGUGAAUAUAUCGACCGUCUCAUUGAUACCUCCUUGGGCUCCAACUGGACGCGUCUUUACGACUCCUAUCAAUAUUAUUCGCAAUCCAUUCUGUAG